AAUGCCAACUCAAAUCUUUGUCUGCUUUGUAAUUGUAAUAUUCACAGCAUCCGUAAAUACGGAACCUUCGACGCAUAUAAAUAUUAAACAGACUAAACAGUUCAACGAGCGUUAUCGACGGGCAGCCAUCUCGAAUAAAGACAAAUUAUGGCCUAAUGCUACUAUACCCUAUCUAUUUUCGAAUAAUAUUUCAGCUAAAACCAAACAAAAUGUUUUGUCGGCUAUGAGCCACUGGGAAUCAGCAACAUGUAUAAGAUUCAAGCGAAGGGUUAAUGAAAAAGAUUUCGUUCUAAUUGUCGGUGAGGGAAAUUGCGGUUGCUGCUCGCUUGUCGGUAGAAUCGGAGAUGUUCAAUUAAUAACGAUGAGCGAUUAUUGCGCUGUAUUUGGAGUGGCAGUACAUGAAUUAGGACAUACAAUUGGCUUUUGGCAUGAACAUUCUAGACCAGACAGAGACAAUUACAUAAAAGUUUUAAAGCAAAAUAUCAUCUCGUCUAAAAUAGACAAUUUUAAAAAAAAGUCAAGAUUAAACAUUAAUUCCUUGGGUGAAAAAUAUGACUACAAUUCAAUUAUGCAUUAUCGACUUUCCACAUUCUCAAAGAAUGGAAAAAAUACUCUUCGUCAACUAUUUAAAAAUGUUUCAGCCGACGAUAUAGGACAACGGGAACGGUUAAGCGAAGGAGAUAUAAGGCAAACAAUGUUGCUAUAUAAUUGUAAGAGUCAUUGUCAUAGGGAGUUCAAUAGUUUGACUAGUCCGUAUGGUAAUUUUUCGUCAUACGGUUAUCCGGGAAAAUAUCCAACAAAUUAUAAUUGCACGUGGCAUUUUAUUGUAUCUUCAGAAGAGAUAUUGUCUAUUGAUUUAAAUUCCUUUGAAACUGAGUAUACAUCUAAUUGUUCUUUUGAUUAUCUCGAAAUUCGUAAAGAGAGUGAACAUAGCAAGAAAGUGUUUUUGAAAUUAUGUGGUAAAGGCAGCGUUGGAUCAAUAAGAGCAAAAAAUUCUCUUUUCAUAAAAUUCGUAAGUGAUAAAACUAAUGCGUUUAAAGGUUUUUAUGCUAAAUUUCAGUAUUAUGAUAUGAAAACUCAGUCGAAUGACCAACAAUUAGUAUCUUUUCAACAAAACUUUACCUACUCAGCAGGUUGUCGUCAUCGUUUACAAUAUACUAAAGGUAAAAUUCGAACACCACUUAUUCCUUAUAUACCAAAGAGACGAUACACCUGUUCUUGGCUAAUAAUUGGUGGUAUGUAG